AUUUUAUUUUCUUAAAAUAGUAUAUGAUUUUUUCAUUUUAAACUUUCUUUGUGUUUUCUUCUUCUCUUCCUUUAUUUGGUGAAGAAAAAGGAAAGAAAAAUCUCAACUUUGAUUCUCUCUCCCUCUAUAUAUACUUUAUUUAUUCUCCACUCAUAAUAGUUUCAUCAUCUCUUUCGGUCUAUGAAAAACAUUGGAAAAACCCUAAUUCCUAGUGUUGCGAAUCACUUUUCAUUGCAGCUUUGAACUUCAGUCUGUGAAUUUCCAACAGCAAUGACAACUCCAGCAAAAAAGAGACUGAUGUGGGAUUUCAAGAGACUGCAGAAAGAUCCUCCUGUGGGAAUAAGUGGAGCUCCACAAGAUAACAAUAUCAUGCAUUGGAAUGCUCUCAUCUUUGGACCUGAGGACACUCCAUGGGAUGGAGGUACUUUCAAGUUGACUCUUCACUUCACCGAGGAUUAUCCGAACAAACCCCCGAUUGUUCGGUUUGUUUCACGGAUGUUUCAUCCAAACAUUUAUGCUGAUGGAAGCAUUUGCUUGGAUAUCUUGCAAAACCAGUGGAGCCCCAUCUACGACGUUGCUGCAGUUCUCACAUCAAUUCAGUCUUUGCUCUGUGACCCAAACCCUGACUCACCAGCGAACGCAGAGGCUGCAAGGUUGUUCAGUGAGAAUAAAAGAGAAUAUAACAGGAAAGUAAUCGAGAUCGUGGAGCAGAGCUAUGUAUAAAUAUGAUUCAUUUUGUUGUAUUGACUAAUGAGUAAUUGGAUGUUGAAUAGUAUUUAUUAUCUGCCUUGAGUUUAUUUUACAUGGAUGUUUAAAUUUCGGAAAUGAGAUUUCUGCUAUAAAUAUAUAUAUAUUUUGAUAAUAGUGAAUAACCAAA